AUGCGAGCCAUGAAGCUGGCUAUUGCGGUGACACCUCCCUCCUUCCUGUCAACUGCCCCUUCAGCGGGCUUCGCGGGAUUUCCAAGCGAGAACGUGUCUUUGGCUGUCUUACCUCGCCACACGCUUCCCCUCUCGGGCGUUUCCAUUUCCAGACCCUUCCAGAGGCGGCUGGUCGCUGCCAGAGCACAGCCGCGUGCUCAGCGCCCAGGCUGGAGAGCACCAGACAUGGCUCCCAGUAACGCUCUCAUGAUCCACGUGGAGGAGAAACUGCUGCCAAAAGAAAAGAAUAAACUCAGGAAGCCGGUGGUGGAGAAAAUGCGCCGGGACCGGAUUAACAGCAGCAUCGAGCAGCUGAAGCUGCUCCUGGAGAAGGAGUUCCAGAGGCACCAGCCCAACUCCAAGCUGGAGAAAGCCGACAUCCUGGAGGUGGCUGUCAGCUACCUCAAACAGCAGAGCCAGCUGCAGGACCCAGCAUUCAUCCACAAGAAUCCAGAGCAGGACUUUAACAGCGGAUACCUGCGGUGCCUCAAGGAAGCGAUGCAUUUUCUGUCCUACUACGAACCCAAGAGGGAAACACAGGCCCAGCUCAUCAAGCAUUUCUGCAAAGCCCAGACGGGUGCAGAUGUCACGUACUCUCCUGCUCCGCGCAGGCCACCUCUGUCACCCUGUCUGCUCGCCAGAAAGCAGCCUGCCCAGAAGACCCUGGCUCCUACCAUCUGGAGACCCUGGUAG